AUGAAAUAUGUUUGUUUCUUUGCAGUUGUGUGUCCACUACUAUGCCAAAAUGGAGGUGUCUGCAUACAAAAAGAUAAAUGUCUUUGCCGAGCAAAUUUCACAGGAAAAUAUUGCCAGAUAUUUGCUCCUGCUGAACAAAUGAAGACACAAGCCACAGCACAGCAUCAGAACAUCACCUCAGCAGUGAAACAAUCUGUAACUAAGUCGGUGUACACUUUGCCACUUUCUAAUCACCGUCCUGAGCAUGAUGGAGGGCCAUCCUUGGUUAGUGUUCAUAUACAGCACCCUCCAGAGGCAUCUGUGAAGAUUCACCAUGUUAGCCGAGUUAAUGAGAAAACAGAACAAAGUUCUCUUCAGCUGGGUAGCUUUAAGAGAGACAUAUCCCAGAUAGGAGCCCUACGAAAGAGAGCAGAGCUUUAUAGUAUUCAAGCCCAGCAUGGUCCAAGAACAGAAAUCUACUCUGAGACUGCAGGAGUUGGAUAUUGUUUUAAAGAAGUAAACAAUCAGGAGUGCCGUUCUCCACUUCCUGGGCUCAGAACAAGGGAUGUUUGUUGCAGAACUUUUGGAAUUGCAUGGGGUGUUCAUGAGUGCACACUUUGCACAGAAUAUCAAGGAAAUUCACCCCGGGUCUCCGCUGAAAAUGGGUACUGUCCCACUGGAUUUUCCACAGAAAAUGGAACGUGCAGUAAUAUUGAUGAAUGCUCAGAGGAGGAUGUGUGCCAAAAUGGUGAAUGCAUAAAUACCAGAGGAAGUUUCAGCUGCUCCUGCAAAUCUGGGUUUAUUCUGGACACUUCACGUAGCAGCUGCAUUUCUCUCAAUGUAUUGUCAGAAGCAAAAGGUCCCUGCUACAGGAUUCUCAGAGAAGGUCUUUGUACUCUUCCGAUCUUGAGAAACAUCACAAAGCAGAUCUGCUGCUGUAGUCGGGUGGGCAGAGCCUGGGGCAAGAUGUGUGAGAGAUGCCCACCUUUUGGUUCAGAUGGUUUUAAAGAGAUUUGUCCAGCUGGUCCUGGAUACCAUUAUUCACCAUCUGACCUGAGGAUUAGCCAGAGGGCUUUGGAUGAACGAGAACAUCAGAGGAUCCCUGUUGUCUCACAAGCUGAGGUGCAACCAAAAGCCACCACGACUGUUCCUGGGAGAUCUACAAUAUGGCCAAAAAAUUAUGACUGCCAGCUUCAGCCAAGGAUCUGUGGCCCAGGGCUCUGUAUUCCACAGCAGAGCGGAUACACAUGUCAAUGUAAUUCUGGAUUCAGUCUUAAUCCCCAGGGAACUCAUUGUGUUGAUAUCAAUGAAUGUGAAAAUCGUACCACUUGCCCUGAUCAAGAGUGCAUCAAUACUGCUGGAUCAUUUAAGUGUGUACAGUGUAGACCUGGGUAUAGGUUCCAGAAUGGAAGGUGCACAGACAUCAAUGAAUGUGAAAAUCGUACCACUUGCCCUGAUCAAGAGUGUAUCAAUACUGCUGGAUCAUUUAAGUGUGUACAGUGUAGACCUGGGUAUAGGUUCCAGAAUGGAAGGUGUACAGAUAUCAAUGAAUGUGAAAAUCGUACCACUUGCCCUGAUCAAGAGUGCAUCAAUACUGCUGGAUCAUUUAAGUGUGUACAGUGUAGACCUGGGUAUAGGUUCCAGAAUGGAAGGUGUACAGACAUCAAUGAAUGUGAAAAUCGUACCACUUGCCCUGAUCAAGAGUGCAUCAAUACUGCUGGAUCAUUUAAGUGUGUACAGUGUAGACCUGGGUAUAGGUUCCAGAAUGGAAGGUGUACAGAUAUUGAUGAGUGCCAUCAGACUCCACAUCCAUGUACUAAUGGAGUAUGUGAAAACACACUUGGAAGUUUCUAUUGUCGAUGUUCAACAGGAUUUCUACUUGACUCACAAAGAACAACUUGUGUUGAUAUUAAUGAGUGCCGUCAGACCCCCCAUCCCUGCACCAAUGGAGCAUGUGAAAACACACAGGGAAGUUUCCAUUGUCUAUGCCCUUCAGGAUUUCAGUUUGACUCACAAACGACAACUUGUGUUGAUAUUGAUGAGUGCCGUCAGACUCCCCGUCCCUGUACCAAUGGAGCAUGUGAAAACACUCUAGGAAGUUUCCAUUGUCGAUGUCCAUCAGGCUUUCGACUUGACUCACAAACAACAACUUGUGUUGAUAUUGAUGAGUGCCGUCAGACUCCUCGUCCCUGUACCAAUGGGGCAUGUGAAAACACACCUGGAAGUUUUAUUUGUCGAUGUCUGUCAGGGUUCCAACUUGACUCACAAACAACAACUUGUGCUGACAUAGACGAAUGCCAAGAGAUACCACAACCCUGCACCAAUGGACGCUGCGAGAACUUAAUGGGUGCAUAUCGCUGUCUUUGUCAGGCAGGAUUCCGCCUGAAUCAACAAGGAACUGAAUGUGUUGAUAUUGAUGAAUGUAAUCAGAUUCCACGUCCAUGUGCUAAUGGACAGUGUGAAAACACAGCCAGCGGGUACCGCUGUUUAUGUCCAAGGGGCUUCCGUCCAAACACGCAAGGAACAGACUGUGUUGAUAUCGAUGAAUGCAGUCAGAAUCCACCCGUGUGCAAUAAUGGUCGCUGUAGAAAUACUGCAGGCAGUUACCAGUGCUUGUGUUCUAAAGGCUUUCAGUUCCAUUCUUUAGAAGCUACUUGUGUGGACAUUGAUGAGUGUAGUCAGAGAUCUUCUCCUUGUAAAGCUGGUCAUUGUGAAAACACAGCUGGUAGUUACCAAUGCCAGUGUGACAGAGGAUAUCAACUCAAUUCACAACUAACUGCCUGCAUUGAUAUCAAUGAAUGUGAAAAUCGUACCAGUUGCCCUAAUCAGGAGUGUAUUAAUACUGCAGGAUCAUUUAAAUGUGUACAGUGUCGAGCCGGGUAUAGGUUCCAAAAUGGACAGUGUACAGAUUUUAAUGAGUGCUUCGAAGGUGACUUUUGUUUUCCUCAUGGAGAAUGCCUGAACACUGAGGGGUCUUAUCGUUGCAUGUGUUCUGAGGGAUUCCAAUUAUCACCUACUGGAAACACUUGUGAAGACAUUAACGAAUGUACAAAUGCUACCAUCUGUGACAAACAUGCUGUCUGCCUUAACAUCAUUGGUUCUUAUCGGUGCCAGUGUGAUCAAGGUUAUGAGUUAAGUGCAAACAGUCCACGCUGUGUAGAAGACCUCAGAUAUGAAAGAGUCACACAGUCAUACCUCUGA